AUGGAAGUUUUAAGAAAAAAGCGCUCUCAAAUGAAAAGGUCAAUGACGCGAAUUUACAAUUUUGUCAACAGUCAUAAUGCAACACAUGAUGAAAUAAAGGUACGUAUAGUUGAACUUGAUAAUGUAUAUUCGAAAUACAAGGAUCUGCAGGAUGAGUUGGAUAUUUUAUGUGAAACUGAAGCUGAAACUAAUAUUGAAAAUGAGUACAGGGAUCAAAUCGAGGAUAUGUUUUUCGCAAUUAAGGCUAUUUGGUCUAGCCAAUCCCAAGCUAAUUUGGACAACACCGUAGUGGAAGGUGCUUCGGCUAGUACUCCGAAUAUUAUGCAUGAUUUAAGUACAUCAAUUCAGGCUAUAGUACAACAAAAAUCGACUACAACAUCAAUUCUUGAAUGUGUAUCAGCUACACUUUCAUCAGUGACAAAUAUGCAGUCGAACAAUGGUCAUUCUGAAUUGCGCAUACCACCUAUACAAAUUCCAGAUUUCGAUGGAGAUCUUUGCAACUGGUUAAGAUUUAGAGACUUAUUCAAGGCAAUGGUCCAUUCUAAGACCAACUUGUCUAAUGUUGAAAAAUUGGAAUACUUACAAACGAAAUUGAAGGGUGAAGCGUCAUCAAUUAUAAAACAUUUGCAACCAUCGAACGACAAUUAUGCUAUUGCUUGGAAUCUCAUAUUGGAAAACUACGAUAGACCAGAUUUGAUAGAGAAACAAUAUUUUGAUUUGCUUUUUAGACAAAAAUCUUUGAAGAAUGCUACGUAUACGGAAUUUAGGAAAUUUUACAAUAAUACAGUGGAAGUUUAUAAUGCGUUAAAAGUUGUAAAUGCUUCAAUUAAUUCAUGGGAUUCUAUUUUAUUAUACCAUAUUGAGGACAAACUUGAUUCUGAGACCAUUAUACUAUGGCGUAGAGAGAAAAAGGACAACGAACCUCAGACAUUCUCACAAUUAUUAAGGUUUUUAAAGAUACGCCUACUUGAACUUGAGGAAACUCAACCCAGUCCUUCUACAAGACAAAGACCGAUCAAGGCGAUAUCUGCUACUACACAAUCAUGUCCUUUAUGUGGUGAUAAUCAUUUAUUAUAUAAUUGUUCACAAUUUAAGGCCUUAAAUGUGAAUGAACGCAUAAAAGUGAUACGUACGUCGGGUUCAUGUAGAACAUGCAAUCUUAGACAUAACACUCUUCUGCAUAUCGAUACUCCACAACCUCAGGGUCGUCAGAAUAUGAACAACGCUUCAGUAAGCAUCAAUUCUAAUCAACGAAUACAACAACAAACCACAUUUUUGCCAACUGCUUUGAUAAUGGUCCGUGACAAGGACAAUGUAUGGCAGUCAUGCCGUGCGUUAAUUGAUUCGGGCGCACAGUCUACUCUGGUUUCAGAGGCUUGUGUCCAACGUUUACACUUGAAUCGUACGAACGACAAGACAUUAAUUUAUGGUGUGGGUGAUAGUAACACCAACUAUACAAGGGGACGAGUUCAGCUUGAAAUCUUUGCUCCAGGAACAAAAGGAACCAUCAUAGUUCAGACGUACUGUUUGUCAAACUUGACCCACUAUCUUCCGUCUCACACCGUCGACAAUAAUGAUCUACAGUUUUUCAACAACUUACAUCUAGGUGAUCCUGAAUACUUCAAGAAAAACAAAAUAGACAUAAUCAUAGGUGCUGACGUAUUUGCUCACUGCAUUUUGGAAGGUAAAGUUACUUAUCCAUCCGGAUCUCCAAUUGCUUUGAAUACCAUUUUUGGGUGGAUAAUAAUGGGAAAUGUCAAUGAAGUCCAGCAAUCAACAUUUGUUGCCCAUAUAUAUUCAGAUUUGGACAUGCAGUUACAAAAAUUUUGGGAUACUGAAGACUGUCAACAUCCGACCAAACACUUGAGUCAAGAAGAGGAAAUGGCUGAAAGACACUACACAGAGAAUGUUGAACGCCAGGAAGAUGGAAAAUACAUGGUCAGACUUCCCUUCAAAUCAAGUCCAGUUGAACUCGGCGAGUCUAAAUGUUCAGCAUUAAAAAGGCUGGAAUCAAUGGAACGUAGAUUUGCAAGGAACCCGGAACUUAAAGAGGAGUUUCAUAAGUUUAUGGAGGAAUACGAACGUCUUGAGCAUAUGCAGCUCGCCCCAAAUGGUGAAAAACAAGCGUACUAUAUGCCUCACCAUGCUGUGCUGAAGCCUUCAAGUACAACAACGAAAUUACGCGUGGUGUUCGAUGCAUCCUGUAAAACCUCGAACAACCUUUCCUUAAACGAUCAAUUGCUUGUUGGACCCACAGUCCAGAACGAUCUCUACACAAUAUUGCUUAAAUUUAGGAAAUUUGAAAUAGGAUUUACAGCGGACAUUGAAAAUAUGUAUCGACAGGUGACGAUACAUCCAGCGGAUAGACAAUUUCAAACAAUUUUAUGGCGAAAUUCUCCAGACGAGGCAACAAGGAAAUAUCAAUUGACAACUGUAACUUACGGAACUUCUGCAGCCCCAUUUUUGGCAACACGUACACUGCAACAAGUGGCCAUUGAUAAUUCUACAGAGUAUCCAACUGAAUCGCAUGAAAUCAUCAAUAAUUUCUAUGUCGAUGAUUACAUGUCCAGUUCACCAGAUUUGGAGUCAGCAAACUCUCUUCGUAUUACACUAUGUUCCAUAUUAUCCAAAUCAGGAUUUAACUUACGUAAGCGGUCGUCAAACUCCCAACAAUUUCGGGAAAACAUAGAACCUGUUGAUAGAGCAUUUUCAUCGGAUACAAUUAUUGAUUGUUCGGAAACUGUCAAAACUUUGGGCUUAUUGUGGAACACGACGACUGAUUGCUUCCAGUAUAGCGUUUCAUUAAUGGAAUCUUCUGAUAAGAUCACGAAACGUCAUGUUUUAUCGGAGAUUUCUAAAAUUUAUGACCCUAUUGGAUGGUUGGCCCCAAUGGUGAUACGACACAAGAUAUUUAUGCAGAAACUUUGGUUGAAAGGAAUUAAUUGGGACCAGGAACUUCCCAACGAGUUAAAGAAUGAAUGGUUGCGACUGAAACAGAAUAUUCAUCAAAUCAAGGAACUUCAAAUACCAAGAUGGCUUCAACUAAGUCCAGGUGAUCAGGUAGAACUCCAUGGUUUCUCCGACUCUUCAGAGCUAGCAUAUGCCGCUGCAAUUUAUAUUCAUGUUACAAAACAGGAUGGUUCAACUGCAACAUCCCUACUAACUGCAAAGACAAGGGUAGCAAAUCACACUACCCCGUUUGGAGCUAUGUGGAGCUCAGCUUAUGGUUAA